AGAGGUCUGUCUAAUGAGGACCUCCUCCUCUUCCAGAAAUCCUGUUUACCUGCUAGAAGGGCUUGAAAGAAGCUCUGUGUGUGUGUGUGUAAGUAAGAGGAAGGGGGUAGGGAGAGUAAAGAAAGGGGCUACCAUCAUUACACCUUCUUCUCUGAGCAGACAAACACACAAAAGGGCAGCAAAAGACCCACAAGAAGAUCACUGAGUGUCAAAGAAGGCCUUCAGAUCAGUAAACAGACAUGUUCUACAGACUCCUACUCGCUCUUUCACUUUGGCUCCUGCUGCUGCCAUCUGAGGCUGGGAGGCAGAUGCCAAAGCUGUCUGACAAAAAACUCUGUGCUGACUCCGAAUGCAGCCACCCUAUUUUGAUAGCCCGUGCAGUGCAGGACUACUACCCUGGAGACUGCAGGUUCAUCCCCAUUAGACAGGGUCAGCUCGUCUACGUCUAUGCAAUGCUCAAAGACAGAGGGAACCUCUUCUGGGCUGGCAGUGUCCAGGACUCUUACUAUGGCCAGCAGGAGGCUCGUGUCGGUCACUUUCCCAGCAGUGUGGUGGAGGAGACACAUGCUCUCAUGCCAGCCUCCACUGAAGUCCAGACCACUAAAUGGGACUUCUACUGUUACUGAAGCGGCCUUUGAUGAUGAAGACAAUACUUUACUCUGCCAGCACUGACUGAUCGACGAUGCUUAUUGCUGCUUUGGUCAUUUAGGCUGCUGAUAAUCUACAAUAUAGAAUCUCUGUAUUACAAUAAAUAGCUCUAGAGCCUAAUUACAAAUCACAUCCAUAAGCUAACAUCAUAUUUCCCUGCUUAACUCUCUGUAUUAUAAUGCACCAUCUCUUGGGAUUAAUACGUAUCAGUCAGGCAUUUUCAAAUAAUAAACAGUAAAUAAAGAAGAAAUAUGUAAA